AUGACAAAUAAAUCACAUUUAAUUGCUCAUUUCAUGGCUGCUGGGGCUGAACAACGAUUAGAAGAUUAUCAUUUUUUACGAAAUACUUAUGAAACAAUUAGUGGUCAAGAAGCACAAUUAAAUCGUAUUCUACGUAUGCUUGAUGAUGAUGAAAUAGUUCUUGGUUGGCAUAUCAAUAGCACACCUAUUGAAAGACUACGAUCAAGAUCUCUUUAUGAUUUUGAAAGAACAUCUGAGCCAACAUUUUUACCAGGAAAUAUUGCCUAUCAACGUCUUCGUGAGAUGGAACAAGAAGAUUCUAAAAAAAAUAUAUCAAUGCAAUCAUCAUCCUAUCGUAGUCAUGAUUAUCAAGAACGUCGAAAAAGAUUAAGUCAACAACAUGACUCUUCAUCAGCUUCAAGUUAUAAUGAUGACAACGAUAACGUUUCAGCAGCACGUUUACAAGCUAAGGCUGAAUACGAGACUGAAUUAGCAGAAUUAGAUACAAAACGAAAAGCUAGAGAGCAUGCAAACAAUUUAAGAUCAAACCCAUACGAAGAUGAAAAUUAUAAAUCCGACGACAUUGAAUUGAUUUCAUUUUCUGUUCGUUAUGAAGAUGCAUCAGCAUUGAGUGAAGAUCCAAGUGAUCAAAAUUCCCUAGGUCGUCUUUUAUGCAAAUGGAUAUCACCAAGUUCGUCGUCGGGUAUUGACUAUUAUACAAUUGAGCAUCAAUUAGGCGAUCAACCAUGGUUAUCUAUGGGAGACAAAAUUGAUAAAUUACAAAAUCAAACUGAAUUAGAUAUUUCAUUGUUCAUCUUAGAUGAUAAUAAUGAAAAUGUUUCAUCACGUUUUCGUUUAAAAGUUCAUCUUGAAAAUGGAAAAAAUUAUCCUAGUAAACCGACAGAUCAAAUAAAUAUUAGUUCAAUCAGUAGAAAAAGUAUUAUAAUACCUAAUGUUGAAGUUCUUUCGGAUGAUUCUAUUCAAUUGACAUGGAACAAAGAUGACCCUGAUAAAGUAAAUAUGUAUGAUAUUGAAAAGAAAGAAGCACAACAAACGGAAUGGGAAAAAGUUACUAAGGUUCCAUUUUUACAAGGUUCAGCUUUAAUAGAUCAUUUAAUUGAUGCUCAAACGUGUCAAUUUCGUUUGGUACCAUCAGCUUCACCACAAACAAUCAAAUCAGAUGACGUUCUUUUCCAAUUUAUGAAAGAUGAAGCUGAAUCAGAACUAUUGACUGUUCACAAUGUUAACGAAUGGCUUAGUUCAUUACGCCUUGUACCAACGUCAUCAAAUACAGUUGAUGUUGAAAUAUCUGAAGAAGGUUUUAAAGCAUAUGAUCAAUAUAAAGUUGAGUAUACAACAAUCAAUCAACUUGACCAAUGGAAACAAAUGCCAAAUAUAACUCGUGAUUCGCCUCAUUUAACUAUUGACAAUCUUGAACAAAAUACUGAUUAUAAGUUUCGUUUUACACCAAUUUUACGUGGAAUGACAAUAUCAAAUGAAUCAGGUUCUUCUCAACUUUCACUUGUGCUUGACGUAAAAAUGCCAUCACCACGCAAAACACGAUUCAUCACAGAUGAAGCAAAAACACGAGCUCCUCCCCCGCAAUUUGCUAUUCAUCAAACUGAUGCAACAAGUGUUCUUAUUGAAGCUAUCGUUCCUUCGGAUAAACCAGCUAAAUUCGAAGAUGUCUUUGAUGUUUAUUCGAGAAAAGAAACAAGUGACGAUGAGUGGAUGAAGGUUGGCACAAUGGAUAAAGAUCAUUUAAGUAUAACUAUUAAAAAUCUUGAAGAAAAUACGGCUUACGCUUUUAAAAUUCAUAAUCAAGAAUUACCAUUAUCUGAAGAACAAAAUAAUAUUAUACGACAAUUUAAAUUUGAAACAGCAUCAGUAAAACUAUAUGAUCCAUCAUUGUUCUUGGAAAAAUUUGAACAAAAUCUAGAGAAUGUGGUUAAAGGUGUUAUGCGAACCGCUGCUGGACAUCAAGUACUUGAAAUUCCAGUAAAUAUUAGUUUGAACGAAGUUAUUCGAGAAAUUUUUCUUGACGAAACGCUUGUACCCAAUGAACAAUAUGGUUUUGAUACAUUGGCAUUAACUAAUGAUCUACAAUUAUUUCGUGGUCCAAAACAAUUAAUGUUACAAGAAUUAGAAGUGAAUGAAACAUGCGAGUCAUCAAAAACGGACGGAGAAAUUAUUAUUCAUAAUUAUCGUGGGGCACAACGAGAACAGCAACCCGUUAUUGUAAGAGAAGAAAAUGGUAACACACGUAUUGGAAAUAUCGAUGGAGAUGUCAUUGUACGCAAUGUUGUUACUGAUGUUCUAUUAUCAAAUGAAGAAAUACGGAAUCAAUUAUCAAUGAAUAUUGUUGGCCAAGCUUUUUUGAAGGGUUUUCAAGGUAUAUUAAUUGCAUCGAAAUUCAAAGGGAUUAUUGUCGUUAAAAAUGUAAAUAAGCCAUGA